AUCUGUCCGGGUAUCAAAACAAACUCUGGCCCGCCGCCACGUGCUUGAAGCCUGACAGGCGGUGAGUGGGAAGCCGACGUGUGUGGUAAAGUGAAGGAAGAAACAUAGAGUAAGAAGUAAGGAUAAACAGAGAACCUGAGGAUCAAUACAGCUCACAGUAGUGUCAUGUCUGACUCAAGCAGUUCAGAUGGGGAGGAGUCGAGGUUUAAGGAAAUCUGUGAUCCUACACUGUGGAAGACAGCAUCCAGGAGAGAUAAGGCGGACACUGAUCUUCCAAAGCAGGCUGCCAACCCUCAACACCGCAAUGAGUUCAGCGGGAGGCAGUCCUUCGUGUUGCUGGAAAAGAUCAAGGCGUCACUUGCUGCCAGUCAGACUAAGAGUGGCAGUCCAUGGAGGGACUGUGAUGAUUCAGGAUCACACAAGAAGGGAUCUCGGACAGUUGAUGUGAGCCGAAGCAAUGUGGCAGCUCCCUCCACACUCUCCUCUUACCUUGCCAAGCAGCUUGCCGCCAGACUGGAUGGGAGUGUGGAAUUUUACUCCAACCAAGACAAUUCUUCACCACAAAGCCAGGAUUGUGGCAGCACCAACCAUCAAAGCUUCCACCUCCUGAAGAAUGUUUCACUCAUUCACCAGGAGAGCGAAACUCUCAGUGAUACACAGAAGAGGAAAAGGAAGAGAGUCAAGGUUCCAAAGAAACUUGCCUACUAUGUCAGCUCAGAUGAGGAGGAUCUGAAGACCAAGUGUAGUUCAGUGGCAGUAUCUCCUGAGUGGAUCCAGACAGGGAGUGAGUCUUACCCUCGGCCUCAUCCCAAGAAUGUGAGAUACUUAGAUGAGUACAAAGUGAAGGAACACAGGCCAGAUGGAAGCAUUGUAGCUGUACCAUGCUCUGCAUUGGAUUCCACUGACACUGCUAAAGCUGGCAGUGAAAGAAAGAAAAAGAAAUCCAAGAAAAAUGUGUCUGAAAAUAAAAGUGAAGCUUUAGUGUGUAAAAAGGAACAAGUUAGUGGGAGUUUUCAAAAUGGUUUUAACAAUAUUCACGAAAACUUGAUUUCUGAAGUAAAAACACAAAGAAAACAGACAAGGAAGAGAGGUAAAAAGAAGAAAAAGAAAGAUGAUAGUGAAAUUAGUACUCUGUAAAUCAAAAAGAUUGUUUAGGUGGAAGAAACUGAUGAUGUUCUUCCUGUCUAGUCAGUAUUUUGUUUCCUCCCAUACAUCCUUGCAGUGUGAGUGUUAACUUAACAAAAACUACAUAAUGAACACUGACCAGUACCUAUACGAUUAAGCUUAAGGAUCACAUUCUGUCCAUGUGGAAUUUAAGGCUAUGUCCGCAUUGGAAGUGAGAAAGUGGACGAAAGCGAGAGCAAGAAACUUUAAUACAUGACAACUAGUGGAGGUGGCUGCACUGGCAGUGGCCAGGGGAUGGCUUCCUCAUGGGUUGAAAGGUAAGAAAGUGAGAAGAUUUAACAGUUUACUUUUCUUGCGCAAAUCCUGAGGUUAAGAAUGAGUGACGUUGCAGAGAUGUUUCUAUAUUAUCUGCUGUAUCUCACUCCAGAAACUUGAUAUGGCAUUUUUGAUGAUACUGUUUGUUGGCAGCAAUUGUAGAACUCUGAUAUACUUGUAAGAGUCUGAUAUGAACAAAAAUAAAUUAUGAUGAUUUGAAUUCAACACUUCUGAAAUCUUUAUAACACAUUCAGCUUGUGUCUGCCAUAUUCAGCAGGUAUGAUAUGAAUGCUAAGAUAAACUCAUAAGUUAUAAAUAAAAGUCUCCUAAACACAUUGGUAUAAGCAGAUUUUUCAUAUUCUGCCACAUAGACAAACCAUGAGACCCUUUGUUACAGUAACAAGUUUUCCCUUUGCUUCUUGUGUAUGCCAAAGGUGGCUUGCUUUCACCAGUGUUGGGUAGUGGAGAGGGAUGAGGCAUUGAGGGCUACAUGUAGCUCCUUGCCUUUAUAACAAAGCUGUGCUUCUACUGAUCUCACAUAAUUAUAUUUUUGAUACAUAUAUCAAUGUGUUUUCCGAUA